GUUGUUUUUUUUUUACUCGUACUUAUGGUUUAAACUAGAAAUGUCAUGUACGUCGAUGCUAAUCACGUAAAUUGGAAAACAAGGCAAUGUAAAGUGAAGACGGGGACAUUAUAGACAAGCGGACUUUCGCAACAGAUGACAAUAUCGGAUGCUUGGUCGUUUUGAUCGGUUAAAAGUAAAGUUUGUUUCAAUCAAUCGUGACGAUGUGUCGAAAGAAAGACUGGCGAGGAACUGCUAGCAUAGCUUCAAAAAGCUAAGCGUAUCCCUCCGCCGGGCCAGUGGCUCAGGGAACCAGAGGAGGAGGGGCGGAAGAAUACACGGCAAACAGCGGCCUUAUCACACAGAACGCAGCGUGACAGUGGCUAAGUGCUAGCUGCUAGCGAAAGAGCUGUUUCUUGGUUUUUUUUUUCUGUUUCUUGUGUGUGUGAGGAAAAGACACACUGCUUUGUGAGCACAAUUCCACUCAAAAACGUCUUUAUUUGAAACUUUAAAGCCACAGAAAAGGUGGUCCUGCGUGUCAAUGGCCACCUGUUCCGACGUGACGAUGGAAUCCGAAGAGGAGGAGGAGGAGUCGUCGUACUAUGAAGAUGACGAUGAGGACGAUGACCCCCUGCCGGGGAAUUUCACCCACGUUCCCGCGCAGUUGAUCAGAAACUGCAGCCCCCACGCACACAACACCAGACUGGAGUCAUCGGGCGCCCGUCUCAGCUUCUUUGUGAAUGGUCGCUACGUCCCCCAGCUUCCUGAAGGGGGCAGUACAGAGCUGAAGCUUCAAUUCAAGCCCGGGGGCACUUCCAGCGGCUUCGUCACGGUGACGGUCUGCAGGGCCACGGUGCCGUCUCCGUCGCCGUGCUCAUCCGACCCCAGCCCCAUCAUCACGGAUGUGGUCUCCGGCCAAGCCGCUCAGAAAGUGUUAAAUGAGCACCAGAUGAAAGCCGAUACCCAGAACCCCCUGCUUCAUUCCUCGACGCCCGUGAGCCCCUGCAGACCCCCAGUCGCAACUAAAAAAUACAUCCCCAAAGGUCCCCCUCGUCCAUUCAAGUGCACGGUGUGCUCAUCUCCGUACAAGUUGAUCUCGGAGCUGCGAGCGUUCGCUUGUCUGUGCUCUCCCGUUGUCAUCGAGAGCGUUAAUAAGCUCAAGCUAAUAAGGAAGAAGAAAAACGUCAGGAAGCGCCUGAAGAACAAAGUCAAGAAAGCCUCCAAAGAGUCCGCGACCAGCGCGUCCACUCCCGAAGCCAAAUCCUCCGUGCGGCCGGGCGCCGCCGACGCCGCCUCCAUUUCCGAGCGCGCGACGGGGCCCGCGCGGUCCCCGACCUCCCCCCAGCUCAUCCAGCCCGAUCACGGCAAGAUGGUCAUCAUGGUGGACGAUUUCUACUACGGGUGCGACCCCGGAGGCGCCGGCGUAACCGGCCACGUCAAGAACAACCAGGGAAGCACCGGAGCCUACCACUGCGUACACUGUCCGGAGACCUUGAUCAAUAACAUCGCGCUGAUGUCUCACAUGAAGACACACGCCGCCAAGAUGGCCGAAGGGGACCACCGCAUGCACGCCGUGUUCCCUUGUCCUCACUGCUUCCGCCACUUCGGCUCUCUCGACAGACUUCAGUUCCACGCGGAGGCCAUGCACGCGCUGCCCGAGUCCACAUGUCGGUACCGUCCAGGCACACAAACACAAGGUCGCCGUGUAACAAACGCAGAAAUAUGUUCCCUCGCAGCCAAGUGCAAGAUCUGUGAGCUGGAUUUUGGCACGGAGCCGGUCUUUCUGCAGCACAUGAAGUUCUUGCACAGAGCAGGAGAGAUGCCCUACGUAUGCCAGGUGUGCAACUUCAGGUCGUCGUUCUACCGCGACGUGUGGAGUCACUUCGAGGAGUCUCACGGCAACACCAAGAACCUGUUGUGUCCGUACUGCCUGAAGGUCCUGCGCAGCGGCUCCUGCUUCAUGCAGCACUUCGCCAAGCAUCAGAGAAAAUCUGUGUUUAGCUGCAAGAAAUGUCGCCUUCACUUCCUGUGCGUCAAAGAGCGCCAGCAACACUGCAAGCUGCACCACGGAACCCACAUCAUGCCCCAGAAUGUCACUGGACUCAAGCCGGGCACCAGGGUGUCUGUCAGGACGUACUCAUCCGUUGCAGGAGCCAAGCGUGAGGAUGUUCCAUAUCAACCAGCGGUUACGUGUAAGGUGGUCGACGUUGAAGAGGCACCGUCCCCGCCGAUAGUUCCCAGGAUGAAACCGAUGGAGAGUUUAGCUCACCUGGUGUCCAACCUCAGCAGCGGAGAAGAGGAAGACGAAAACGCGUCCCGUCCUUCGCAUCGCUGCGUGGAGUGCCUGAAGGCGAUCCCGAAGUUGAGCGCUCACUUCCCGUCCCGGGUGCGCUGCUCGCUCUGCCCGUUCGCCACGUGCUGCUCCGUCGCCUACGCCAAUCACAUGAUCAAAGAGCACACGCUCAUCGACAAGACGUUUGACUACCCCAGCAUGUUCCAGUUCCAAACGCGGCUGCCGGAGAAGCUGAGCUGCGCUUCAUGUUCAUAUUCCACCGACGUAGGAGACAAUAUGGCCACUCACAUGGCUGAGCAACGGGGACACAUGUGCAUCACGUCUGAUCCCGCUGAGACCCGUUCAAGCGACACGGAACCGACGUGCAACUCGAUCAGCCCUUCCGACAAGACCUUUGGUUCCCCCGCCCGUCCCCGCGAGACGACGUCAUCGGCCGUCGAAGGAGGAGCGUUCGUCCCCAUCCGCCUGGUUGCGCCUCCCCGGACCCCCAACCACCUGUCAGUCAAAGUUCUCCCCUCCCCCUGUGACCUGUCCUCCCCCGCCGCUAUGACCGUCAAGUUUGUGACCCCAAGACCGCCAACGCAUAAAGAGCCGGCCCCCAUUCCUCCUCCCCCUCCCACUCCCGCAUUACGACAAAAAGACGACCUGCUGGCGGAGUGGGAGUGCCGCGUGGCAACGUGGGUGCUGAUCCGCCACGAGCAGCAGUUCCGCGUCACCAAGGAGAUCCUGCUGCGGACCGGCUCCUACGUGGUGCCCGAAAGCAGAUACAACACCGAGUGCUACCGCCGCGCCGUCGAGAACGUGUGCCGGCGCAUGCAGCCGCAGUCCUGCUCCAAAGAUGGACGCCUGCCCCCGGAGGUCAUGGACAUGGUCAUGGAAAAGAGCAUCGCCGUCAUUCUCUCACUGUGCUCGCAACAGAUCCAGAGCGCGUCCCUCCGCCCCCGGUGCGUGGGCUUCAUGGACGAGCUGUCCAUCUUCGUGGAUCCCGACCUGUUCUCCAGGCAGAAAGUGUCAGCCUUCCAGCUGCUGGGUUCCCUCACGCAGAAACCGCACUUCGACGUGGUCCUGUCGGCGCUGUCGGACGGCACCUUCCUCCCGCCCGUCCUCUUCUUCCGCGGAUCGCCGGUGCGGCUCCCCGCCGGCUUCCCCGACAACGUGCUGCUCGAGGCCCGCCACAACGGCUUCACCGACGCCCAGCGGCUUACCGCGUGGACGCAGAAGGUGUGGCGCCCCCAAGUGGUGCCCAACGGCAAGUCCCUGCUGAUGGUGGACGUCCAUCGGGGUCACACCAUGGACGAGUUCAAGUUCCACCUGAGCGCCGCCUCCACGGACGCCGUCUUCAUUCCCGCCGGGUGCAGCUGCCGCCUGCAGCCGCUAGAUGUCUGCAUCAAGCCCGUCCUGCACAGGUUCCUGCAGGUCCGUUGGGACCAUCUGGCGCACCAUGGGGGUCUGGACGGUCUGAAUCUGGACCAGCUGGCUCUGAUGUUGGCCUGCUGGCUCAGCGAGGUGUCGUCCACGCUGACUUCAAACGUCCACAUCGUGAAAAGGUCGUUCGCGGCAGUAUGUCACCUGCAGAAGGAGCAGAAGGACGCCAACCAUAUCAUCCAAACGCUGAUCAACAAGCUGAGCACGCCCCUGACGGUCCCCCAGCUUCACCUUUGCCUGGAUCCUAAACCCGGUCCACACCCCAAUCCUCCCGAUCCGCCCCCCCCUAGGGAAAUUCAGCUCCUGCUGGUCCUGCACAAAGAUCACCAGGAGAAAAUCGGCUUGACCGCGGAGGACGGAGAGAAACAGAUGACGUCAUGACCCGCGUAAAACGGUCGCUUCGGCGCAUUUGGACUUCACUAACUAGCUAGCGCGCUGUGUAGUAGUUGAACGGGAGUUGGGAACGUUGAACGAUUCAGAACGCAUCAGAAUCUUUCACUACUUCCAAAUUACUACAUAGUGAAUUAUUGUUCCCUGUCGGGCUGAAACGUUUUCGGUGGAUGGCGCUAUCUCGGUCCCCUGUGAAUUUUAGGGAGUCCCAAGUCGGGAAUGAGCGACUCAUCCCCAGCACGGCCGAUCCUAAUUUGGCGGCACCUCGUGGUCUGAUGCAAUAUUUACACGCUGUUAAUGUUCAUUUGAGAACUUUAAUUUGUUUCCUCAAUUCUGAGAGUUAUUAAAAUAAUAGUUUCUCUGCUACAAUCACUUUGUGCACAGUUUUAUAUAUUU